CACACUGCUUUAGAACAAAAAAUUAAAAAAAUUUACUCAAAAAAACUCUCAAAAAAGCAACAAGUUGCAUUAUUUGUGCACUAAAAUUGAUUAAAAUUCCAUUAGGAAUACAUUUGGCAGCUGCUACAAAGCGAAAACAGCAACAAAGUUAUGCAGUUCGCAGCUGAUGGGGAAACAGCUGCUAGAGCAGAAAAAACGUUUCACCGGCCGCAAAAAUUAUAACACUUCGGAAAUCACAGACGACUCUGCAGUAUUUUAUUUCGACUCCCUGCCCUUUUAGGGGCUUCUGAGAUUCCAAUUGAGACUUGAUGACGAAAUGGCAGCAAAGGAAUCUUUCCGCGACAGGCAGACCCAGGAGCUGGAGGUCAUAAAGGCCAUAUUCGGUGCGGAUGUUGAGGAUCUGCGGCCACAGAGCGAUCCCAACCAAUGGAAACCCACGGACAUCAAGAUCCUGCUGUCGCCGCUGCGGGACUCGUCCAAUGGUCAGCCGCAGGCCUAUGUCUGCACCAAACUGCAUGUAACAUGUCCCUCCAAAUACCCAAAAAUCACACCAAAAAUCGCCCUGGAAGAGUCCAAGGGGAUGUCGGAUCAGCUGCUGGACGCGCUGCGUGGCCAGCUGAAGGCCCAAUCGGAGGAGCUGCGUGGCGAAGUGAUGAUCUACGAGCUGGCACAGACCGUGCAGGCCUUUCUCCUGCAGCACAAUAAGCCGCCCAAGGGUUCGUUCUACGAUCAAAUGCUGCAGGACAAACAGAAGCGGGAACAGGAGCUGCUGGACAUAAAGAUACAAAAAGAGACGCUCGAGCGGCAGACGCUCAUCGAUGAGGUGGAGCGCCGCAAGGAAAUGUUCAAAACGGAGGCCAAGCGGCGUGGAGAACCGCGUCGCAGCAUGAGCGAGUCGAACAAUCGACAUGCCAGCUCAUCGGAGAGUUCGGAAAACUCCUCGCCCUACUACCGUGGCCACAUUUAUCCGAACAAGUGCCUGGACCAUCGCAGCACAGAGACACUGUACUUCCACAAGGUGGGCCGGCAAAUUCAGCGCGGCUGCUGUUUGGGUCAUUCGCAGCGCGGUUUUAUUGCCUAUGUGGGCAUCGAUAUGCACUGCGGCCAGCUGCUGUACAUCACGGAGUGGAACAUCAAGUACGCGCAGAUCGAGCAGCCGUGCAGCGGCAGCGGCAAGUGCCACUGGGGCAACGAGCCCAAGUGCUUGGGGAAUCACCGCGUCGACGAUGUGAUUGCCUCCAUCGAGAAGCAGGUGGCCACACUGUCCCAGCUGCAGCACAAGAACCUCAUCCAGUACGAGUGCGUGCUGUGCAUAAAGCGGAAGGAGGGACUCCUCGUCUAUCUGGUGCAGGAUUUCCUCCUGGGUGCGAGUGUCUUUAGCAUCUCCUCCUCGCUGGGCUGGUGCAUGGACGGGGCGCGCAUGGUGGCCCGCGGCGUGCUGGAUGCCCUCGUGUUCCUCCACAACAAAGGCGUCUGUCACAGCCAUCUGCUGGACAGCACAGUCUUCAUGGACAAUACGGGAACGGUGCGCUGCACGGACUUCUCGGUGGUUCCAAAUCUUCUAGAGCUAAUUGGAGGCGCCGGGCAGAGCAGCAGUCAGGGGGAUUUGCCAGCAUUGGGUGCCCUGGUCGAGGCACUGAUGCCAACGAAUAGCUACGAGAUGCGUGACUUUGUGGACAAAUGCAAUUCAGAUCGCACGCUCUCCGCCUCGGAGCUGCUAGAACAUCCCUUUCUGCGCUUCUAUGUGGACAAUGGCCAGCAACAGCAGCAGCAACAGCUGUUGCCACAGCAAAGGAACUCCAUUCCUGCACAGCGCACGGGGCCGCCCAUGCCCUACCAAAUACCCACACUGGCACUGAGCCAAUCCCGCCUGCGAACCGAGUUCGAGGUGCUCAUGUAUCUGGGCAAAGGUGCCUUCGGGGAUGUCCUAAAGGUGCGCAACAUCCUGGACAACAGGGAGUAUGCCAUUAAGCGCAUUCCGCUGCCCGCCAGAAGUCGCCAACUGUACAAAAAGAUGACCCGCGAAGUGGAGCUACUCUCCCGCCUAAAUCACGAGAAUGUGGUGCGUUACUUCAACAGUUGGAUCGAGAGCGUGAACGAUGCCGAUGCAGCGGAAAUGGACAAACUGCUCGGCGGCGAGUGGUCACAGAGUCAGCAGGAACUGAGCGUGAAGCCAGCGAAAUCCCCGCAGCUGGGCAUCACAGUCGAAGAGGAUGAGGAGGAGGACAGUUCGUCGAGCAUGUGGAAUGCUUACAUACCCACCGUGGAGGAUUCCGAUUCGGAUGAUGGCAUUGAGUUUGUGGACUCAGAUGGUCAGGUGGCUGUCUACGACAAUGACGAGGACAACGACGAUGAUGACUCCACCAGGGGCAGAGCCCACUCGCCGCGUCCCUUAAUGCAAGUGAUGUACAUCCAAAUGGAGUUCUGUGAGAAGUGCACAUUGCGCACCGCCAUCGAUGACAAUUUAUUUGAGAACACAGAUCGCUUGUGGCGUUUGUUUCGGGAGAUUGCUGAGGGCCUUUCCCACAUCCAUCAGCAGGGCAUCAUCCAUCGUGACCUGAAGCCUGUGAAUAUCUUCUUGGAUUCCCAUGAUCAAAUCAAAAUUGGAGACUUUGGACUAGCCACCACAAGUUUCCUGGCCCUGCAGGCCCACGAGUAUCCCUUGCCGGCACAGCCGGCGCACAUAACCAGCACAGAGGAUGGCACGGGCACCGGGAAAGUGGGCACCGCACUGUAUGUGGCACCCGAGCUGACGGGCAAUGCCUCCAAGUCGGUGUACAAUCAGAAAGUGGACAUGUACACGCUGGGCAUUAUUCUGUUUGAGAUGUGCCAGCCGCCCUUUGACACGAGCAUGGAGCGAACGCAGACCAUAAUGGCACUGAGGAAUGUCUGCAUAACGAUACCCGAGAGCAUGCUGAAAGAUGUCAAAUACGAGAAGACCGUAAAGAUGCUUCGCUGGCUGCUGAACCACGAUCCCGCACAGCGGCCCACAGCAGAGGAGCUGCUCAUCUCGGACCUCGUGCCGCCUGCGGAGCUGGAGGCCAAUGAGCUGCAGGAAAUGCUGCGCCAUGCCUUGGCCAAUCCCCAGAGCAAAGCCUACAAGAAUCUGGUGGCUCGCUGCCUGCAGCAGGAGAGCGAUGAGGUGCUCGAGCACACCUACCAUUUGGGCAGCAGUCGGGCCAUGAAAUCCUGGAACUCGGCCAUCGUCAUCGACGACAUUGUGUCCCUCAAUCCGGUCUUUGAGUUUGUCAAGGCCAAAGUCGUGAAUCUCUUCCGCAAGCACGGAGCCAUCGAAGUGGAUUCGCCGCUGCUGUCGCCGCUUUCCUCGCGCAACUGCAGUGCCAGCGCCAAUGCCAAUGCCGUGCACCUGAUGACCCACUCCGGCUGCGUUGUGGUCCUGCCCUGCGAUCUGCGGACCCAGUUUGCCCGCCAUGUCACCAUGAAUGGAGUGAAUCUCAUUCGUCGCUAUUGCGUAGAUCGUGUGUACCGUGAGGAGCGCGUCUUCAACUUCCACCCGAAGCAGAACUACGAGUGCUCCUUCGACAUCAUCACACCCUCCGCUGGCAGCCAUCUGGUGGAUGCGGAACUGCUCUCCCUGGCCUUUGAGAUCACCAGCGAACUGCCGCGCCUGCGCGAACGCAACAUUGCCAUCCGCAUGAACCACACGAAUUUACUGAGGGCCAUUCUCAUUUUCUGCAACGUUCCCAAAUCUCAAUACGGUGCCCUGUUCGAGGGAACCAUGGACUUUAUUGAGUCUCGCAUCUCACGCUUUCAGUUCCACUCCAGCAUUACGGUCAUCAUGGAGAAGUCGCGCACCUCGGCCCAGACCCUGAUGGACAUGCUGUUGGCCAACUUUCUGCUGACGGGCUCACGCAGCAGCGUGGAUGAGUCCGCGCUGAAGUCGCUGAUGCGUGGCAAGGGCGAGGCGGCAUCUCUGGCGCGUGGCGCACUGCGCGAACUGGAGACUGUGGUCGAACUGGCGUACAGUCUGGGCGUAACCUGUCCCAUUCACAUUUGGGCUGGAUUGCCCAUCAGCUUUGAGCGCGCUAGCAGCGGUGGCAUCGUGUGGCAAAUGACGGCUGACCUGAAGCCCAAUCGUUCGGGCAAUCCCUCCGUGCUGGCGGUGGGCGAGCGCUACGAUGCCAUGCUCCAUGAGUUCCAGCGGCAGGCGCAGAGCUACAAUCAAACGCUGCCACCGCGUGGUGUGCUCAGUGGCGCGGGAUUAUCCUUCUCUCUCGACAAGCUGGUGGCUGCAGUGGGUGUGGAGUAUGCCAAGGAUUGCCGUGCCAUCGAUGUGGGCAUCUGUGUGUGCGGCACACGGCCACCGCUCAAGGAUGUGACGUACAUCAUGCGCCUGCUCUGGUCGGUGGGCAUCAGAUGCGGCAUUGUGGAAACGGCCAGCGGUGCCGGCGAUGAAGCACAGGAUUUGGCGCGACUGGGAGCGCUGCAUGUCAUCCUGGUGGCAGAGAACGGCUCGCUGCGGGUGCGCUCCUUCGAAAGAGAGCGCUUCCAGGAGCGACAUGUGAACAGGGCAGAACUGGUGGACUUUAUACAAAAACUGCUGCGGGCAGAGACUGCGAAUGGCGCAUCGGUGGACUACUCGGCCAGUCAGCUGUCCAACCUGAGCACUGGCGGUGGCAGCAGCAGUGGCAGAGAUCGUGGCGGUGGCGAUGGGAAUGGCUUGAGCACCUCCGCCUCGAAUGUGUCGAUCAAGAACAGCUACAGCCAGCUGCCCAAUGUCCAGGUUACGUUCCUCACGCACGACAAACCUACGGCAAACUACAAGCGGCGUCUGGAGAACCAGGUGGCCCAGCAGAUGGGCUCCACGCUGGCUCAGUUCAUGAAGAAGGAGUCGUUUGUGGUGCUGGUUGUAGAGCUGCCACCGGCGGUGGUGAAUGCCUUUGUGGGUGCCAUAAAUCCGCGCGAAAUACGCAAGAAAGAGACUGAACAGGAAUUUAAUUUUGUUAUCGAAAGAUUUCCAAAAUACAAACGUUAUAUAACGGAGAUACAUGACGAAGUUGUGGACUAUCUGAGCGAUGCCAAGACACCAAUUGUUGCCUUGUACAGCAUAUCCGAUUCCUACUAUCGUGUGAUUAUUUGAGCACCCAAAGGAACGGAGCGAAAGGAAAGGAUUACCUAGUAAUACCUGCUUAAAUUAGUUUUAAAAAAACAAUAUUCUAAUUGGCCAAAAUUCAACUUAAAUUGAUACAAGAGGCUGUGUGCUGCGAUGCCAUCUAAAUUCAUUUCGUUUCGACUUUACUUCGUUUCAAGAGUAAGAUUUUUCUUUUCCUUUGCCCCACGAGAUUGUUCCAAGAAUAAGUACCAAAAAAAAAAGCGAAUUCCUAUCCCGCAUAUAACUAAAUUUUAAGAUAUAUAAUUUACUUGUACUGAUUGUCCAACAUAUACACAUUUAAGUAGCAAAACUUGAUGCCUGGCAGCAAAGAGAUUGUGUCCCACAUUCAUUCAGGGGAUUAUUAUUUCAUCUAAUAUAUUUUAUAUACGUUUUAAA